CAAAGCUUUCCCCUCUCUCUCUCCCAUUGCCCCAACAAGGCCUUGUUCACUUCCUUGUCGGGAUUUCUCUGCUAGAUCUUUAAGAACAAACUUCUUUUGCCCGUUUCACGUUUCAGAUUUUCCCCUAGGAUUGGGCGGCGUUGCCAAAGCGAGGCUGAGGCAUCGAAGAGGUUACGGUCGCUCCCUCUUCCCAAGCCCGAGUCUGUCCAUGGCGGUCAAAGUCUGGGUGGACAUCCUGGUCCUGCCUAUUCUGCUGGCUGUGCUGUUCCCGCUUCAUGCAUGUGCUUUCUACAUCCAAGUCGGUGCCCAUGGGGAGGAGUGCUUCUUUGAGCAAGGCACGAAGGGAGCCAAGAUGGUCCUCAACUUCAGGGUGAUGCAGGGAGGCUUCCUGGAAAUAGACGUGGACAUCACUGGCCCUAACAACGAUCCCCUUUUCCAGUGGGUUCGUGAGACGAGUGGCCGCUACGCCUUUACAACCCACCAGGAGGGCUCCUACAGGUUUUGCUUCAGCAACCGUGCGUCUACUUUGGUGCCCGAGACAGUAUUGUUCUCGAUCGACAAGGACCAGGACCCCAGAACUCACCUCUUCCAGGAUGAGGACAGGCUCCAUGUCAAGCUGGAGAAGAUGAUCAAGAAGCUGACUGCAGCCAUCAUGGUAGUCAAGCAGAAGCAGGAGCACAUGGAGAAUACAAGUGGACACCAUGACUUGACAUGGACGAGACCACGCAAGAGGACCCUGAAGUGAGGCACAUCUCAUUUAGAAAAUUAUUCCUUGGUUUCUGAAGAUGAAUCUCAUAUUAAAACAUCUGUUUGCUGUGUGGAACAGAAUAAAUGAUUAUAUGGCAACUGAUAUAUUUUAUUUGUGCUUCCUUUAAUUCCCUUUUUUCAUAUUCCAGGUUAAAAAAAAUUCACACUUUUACACAAAAUACUU